ACGUCCAAUGUCUAUUUUGUAAUGUUUAUUUUCAUUUCAUUCAGAGAAAUCUAUUAUAUUCUCUUUGGAAUUGGAAUACUUGUCAUAAGUAUUAAAUGGAGAAAAGUAACAUAUUUACUGCGUGAUGGCAACUGCUUAUUUUGGGUUAAAAAUAAUAAGACGCAAUCGUCUCCGUCGACAGAAGAAAGAAGCUGAAAAGUUGAAUAAAACCCCUCAACUACCCAGGAUUUGUAGAAUAUGUUUAAAUGAAGGUACGAUAUCUAUUUACGGUGGCGAUAGCGCUCCAGACAUAUCGGAAUCCAUCAGAAUAUUUGGCGAAAUCGAUAUCGACGUAGACGACGACUAUCCUAAAUAUUUAUGUCAAGCUUGCAAUUCUCUGCUACAAAAUGCUGUAUUAUUCAGACACACCGCCAAGAAAUCUGAUAUCUUUCUUCGUGAGAAUCAGCAGAAUGUAGAACUUUCAAAUGAGUAUGUAAACAAUGUUGAAUUUAGCGAAAAUGAUAACAGUAAUGAUGAUGAAUCAUACGAGAUUGGAACUUCCAAGUCUUACACGUGCAAGCUUUGCACAUUAAGUUUUCAAAGUAAUAAUGAAUAUAUUGCACAUAAAAAUUCAAAACGGCAUAAGAAUGUCCGCAUACAGUGCCCAAUAUGUUAUGGUUUGCUCACACCACAGUUGUAUAAAAGGCAUUUGGCGAGACAUGAAUCUGCUUCACAUCUUAUUUGUGAAGUAUGUGGAAAAAUGUACAGAAAAGAUAAUCUGUUACGGCAUCUCCAAUUACACAGCUUUGAGUUGCCUUAUGAAUGUCAAGUGUGCCCAUACAGAGGAAGAUACAUUGAUUCUCUGAAGAUUCACAUGCGAAGUCACACAGGUGAUAAGCCAUUUUGUUGUGACAAGUGCCAGUUACGUUUCCUGACCCGAAGCAAUCUUAACAGGCACCUCCUAACGCAUAGAAAAGAUAGACCUUUCAAGUGUAAUGAAUGUGGACGAGGGUUCUACACAAAAAGAGAUCUAGACGCACAUUUCAAAUCUGAUCAUGCUGGUAUUAAGGAGUUUGGAUGCCACCUAUGUGGCAAUAAAUAUGGCACCAGAAAAGCUUUAAUGCGGCAUGAAUUAAGAGUACAUAAGAGAGAUAAAAUGGUCAAAGGAAGAAUGCCUUUAUACUUACAAGCCGAGUACCAAAGAGAUGUUAUUGAAUCUUAGUUAGAACAUUUGAAUUAAAUAGCCACAUAUAUAAUUUUUCAUUUAAUUUAACACUGAAAGUACAAUAUAAAGUACCAUUAAAUUCUUAAAAUGCCUUAUAAAUAAAUAGCUGUUUUAUAAGUUAUAUUGGACUAGAAUAGAUUUAUUUGGCUAAUACAAUUUGUCAUGUGCGUUGAGAUUGUAUAAAAAGGUAUUAAGACAAUGAGGUAUGUAUUUUAGUUUGGUACACAUGAGGAUUAUAAACUCUAUACAGGUAUGAGAAUGGUGCCAAUUCGGGCAACCACCAACUUUGACAGGACUAAAACUAGUGCUAUCACUUUGUUUCACUUAUUGUAAGUGAAGGAGAGCACUAGAUUAAGAGCUCUCAGUUCCCCCAAUAGGCACCAUUAUUAUACAUCUAAACUCUUUGGUGUUCACAAUAAUUCUCUACUGCACAAUGGAAGAUUUAUCAACAAUGAGUUGUAUAUUUUAUAAAUAAAGGCCACAUUAUCACUUUUUGUUCCUUA